UAGUGAGCAGUCCAUGCAUGAUGACGAAGAACAGUAUGAAACAGUGAGUUUAGCUGCCACUGACACAGACAACGUUAAAUACGAUGAAAAUAUUGACGUGGAUGAAGAAAGAGAACAGUUGGAGAAAAUCCGUGCAGAGAGAGAAAACGAAAUGUUUCCAGAUGAAAUGGACACGCCCAUGGAUCAAGCUGCUCGAGUUCGAUUUCAGAGAUACCGUGGCCUGAAGAGUUUCCGUACUUCGCCGUGGGACCCAAAGGAAAACCUUCCAUCAGAUUACGCCAGAAUAUUCCAGUUUGAGAACUUCAAAAGAACAAAGAAGCGAGUAUUGGAAGAAGAUGAUGUGGAUGGAGCGUUGCCUGGCUGGUACGUGUCCAUUCAUAUCGCUAAUGUUCCACGUGCAUUUAUGGAAUCAAUGGAGCCCAGUUCUCCGCUGGUGAUAUUUGGAUUACUUCCUCACGAACAAAAGGUGUCAGUGGUUCAUUUCGUGCUCAAGAGACAUCCAACAUUUAAGGAUCCCGUUCAAUCCAAGGAAAGACUGAUUUUCCAUUGCGGUUACCGAAGAUUUUCAGCGUGUCCCGUAUUUUCUCAGCAUACAUCGGGGGAUAAACACAAGUUGGAGCGGUUUAUGCCACAAGAAGGAGCAUUUGUGGCCACACUCUACGCGCCUAUCAUGUUCCCUCCCGCCCCAGUCCUAGUCUUCACACAGGAUAAACACACAAGUUGCCACACCCUUGUCGCUACAGGAUCGCUUUACAAAGUCGAUCCCGACAGAAUUGUUGCUAAGAAGAUCGUGCUAAGUGGGCAUCCUUUCAAGAUCAACAAACGAUCAGUUGUGUUACGAUAUAUGUUUUUUAAUAGAGAGGAUAUCCAGUGGUUUAAGCCAGUAGAACUCUUUACCAAAUAUGGAAGAAGGGGCCACAUCCGGGAACCUCUAGGAACACAUGGACACAUGAAGUGCGUAUUUGACGGAGCUAUCAAAGCCCAAGACACUGUCUGCAUGAAUUUGUACAAACGAGUAUUCCCUAAAUGGACAUACGAGCCCGCGAUAUUGCCACCUCCAGCAGAAGCAGCAGGGGACACUGAAGAUGCUAUGGAAAUACCUGGCUGGUACGUGUCCAUUCAUAUCGCUAAUGUUCCACGUGCAUUUAUGGAAUCAAUGGAGCCCAGUUCUCCGCUGGUGAUAUUUGGAUUACUUCCUCACGAACAAAAGGUGUCAGUGGUUCAUUUCGUGCUCAAGAGACAUCCAACAUUUAAGGAUCCCGUUCAAUCCAAGGAAAGACUGAUUUUCCAUUGCGGUUACCGAAGAUUUUCAGCGUGUCCCGUAUUUUCUCAGCAUACAUCGGGGGAUAAACACAAGUUGGAGCGGUUUAUGCCACAAGAAGGAGCAUUUGUGGCCACACUCUACGCGCCUAUCAUGUUCCCUCCCGCCCCAGUCCUAGUCUUCACACAGGAUAAACACACAAGUUGCCACACCCUUGUCGCUACAGGAUCGCUUUACAAAGUCGAUCCCGACAGAAUUGUUGCUAAGAAGAUCGUGCUAAGUGGGCAUCCUUUCAAGAUCAACAAACGAUCAGUUGUGUUACGAUAUAUGUUUUUUAAUAGAGAGGAUAUCCAGUGGUUUAAGCCAGUAGAACUCUUUACCAAAUAUGGAAGAAGGGGCCACAUCCGGGAACCUCUAGGAACACAUGGACACAUGAAGUGCGUAUUUGACGGAGCUAUCAAAGCCCAAGACACUGUCUGCAUGAAUUUGUACAAACGAGUAUUCCCUAAAUGGACAUACGAGCCCGCGAUAUUGCCACCUCCAGCAGAAGCAGCAGGGGACACUGAAGAUGCUAUGGAAAUAUAAAACGAAAAUUAAACUGGCUUCGAUAAAAGUCAAGGACAGAGACGGCCAAACAACGUACAAGAAAAUAAUAAGGAGAUCUUAGUUCUGUUAUCAACACUAAUUUGAAGGUCAACUCCUUCAAAGUCGCAUUAGCCAGGUCUCGCUUAGUAUUACACAAACUGGGUUUGGUGUUUGCUUGUUGAAAGACUACGUACUCGUUAAUACCCGUGUACCCAAUCAAACAGCCACAAUCUUAAAUAAGUUACAUACGCUAUAUUACUUAGCCUACGACAAUCGCGUGCUGAGUCACUUGCUCAGUCCGUUCUCCAAGGUAGAUUUCUUUGUCCUAAAAUGGGAUCCAUUUUUUAAGUGAAUCGAUCGCAACAAAGGUAAAAGAGAAAAUAGGAGGAGACACGUGGGGAAUGUUUUAUGCCUAGCAAAACGUUUUUAUGUUUUAAAAAGUUUGCCCAACUAGUGUUUUGCGAAGUUUUACAUUUCUGUAGUUCAAAGUUUAAAUCUUUUCUCGUUUUCUUUUGGCGUUGGUAGGAUACAUAAGGUAAUAUGAUUUGAGUUAGGAUAGAUAAACUUGAACGCGGGUUAAUAAAUACAACUGACGUACGCUAA